AUGGAAAGCGAAACUGAACAAUUGAGUGACGCGACGGCUGAAAACCGCCGUCAGGUACGAAAGCGCGCCCAGCAAUGGAUGACCAAGGGAGCGUUGCUACACGAAGAUUCGGACGAUGAGCUAGGCGACGAGGACCAUCCAUGGGAAUGGAUCUACGAUGGCGAAGCUGCAGAAGCCAAGGAUGAAACGGAAUCAAGCAAGAAAACGGGCGCUGAUAAAUCGCGCCGACGACGAGCUUCGCAACCAGGCAAGGCAGGGCCAUCAAUUGUCGGCGCACGAAUGGGCUCCUUUGAGUGCAGGCUUGGCGAGGCCGUGCUGCUCAAGUCGCCUGAGCCUGGUAAAGAUUGGGUGGGCAUUAUCACGGAAUUUCUGGAAGUGGAAGAUGAGGAUGCGCCUGGAGAGAUGAUAAAGUCGGUCAACAUCAUGUGGUUCGCGUCACCGGACGAGUUCAUGUCCACCAGGAACAAGCGCAGAACCGAUGCGCUCCCGAAUGAGCAGUAUCUCACAGCCGAUUUCAACGUCAACCCUGUCACCUCAAUUAAUGGUAAAGCAACCGUUAUGUCUAAAGACGCAUUUUACGCCAAAUACCCCGGCGGUGUUCCCCCCAAGAACAAUGCCCAGCGUGCGGAAUACAACAAGUGCAUUGUCUGUCGCCGAGGUGUCAAUCAAGUGCAAGGCCGAUACACCGAAGAAUUUAAUUGGGAGCAAGUUUAUGGGGACCGAAAUAUCUACCAAUUGAUUGGCAUGGUGAAGGAGGGUCUCAAGGCGGCGCGGAAGAGAAAGGCAGCAGAUGACGAGUAUGCCGAGCCAAAGCAAGAGUCGGUCGCUCCAAGUACCCCAAGGAAACGGCAAAGAAUGGCUGCGACAAACACAACUCCAAAAACACAGCGAAAGAAGGCGUUGACAACGCCAUCAAACAAACGUAUAAUUGUAAAGAAGCCUCUCGAGUUCACUCCAUUGGGAACUCGUGUUCUCGAACCGUCUCACUUCGCCUCCCCCUACAAACAAGCACGUACAUUACUACAUGUCUCUGCAGUCCCGGAAUCCCUCCCGUGUCGCAAAACCGAGUUCAACACCGUUUAUAACCAUCUCAGUGCGGCCAUCAUGGAGGGCACAGGGGCGUGUAUCUACAUCUCAGGGACUCCAGGCACAGGCAAAACUGCAACCGUGCGGGAAGUUGUGGCGCAGCUCAAUGCCGCUGUGCUUGCAGAGGAAAUGGAUGAUUUCAUAUUCGUGGAAAUCAACGGUAUGAAAGUCACCGACCCGCAUCAGUCUUACUCCCUGCUCUGGGAAGCCUUGAAAGGUGACAGAGUCUCGCCCUCUCAUGCACUGGACCUUCUUGAGCAAGAAUUCUCCAAUCCAUCGCCUCGCAGAGUCUCCUGCGUAGUCCUAAUGGACGAACUCGAUCAGCUGGUGACCAAGAAUCAAUCCGUCAUGUAUAACUUCUUCAAUUGGCCCGCCUUGCGUCACUCACGGCUCAUUGUUUUGGCUGUUGCAAAUACAAUGGACUUGCCCGAGCGAACUCUCAGCAACAAGAUCUCAAGCCGUCUCGGUCUGACUCGAAUUACCUUCCCCGGAUACCGCCAUAACGAUCUUAUGGAGAUCAUCAGCACGCGAUUGGCCAACGUGCCAGGUAAUAUUGUUGAUCCCGACGCUGUCCAGUUCGCCAGCCGCAAAGUCGCAGCAGUCAGUGGUGACGCGCGUCGCGCCCUCGAUAUAUGCCGUCGUGCGGUUGAGAUCGCUGAGCAAGAAGCGGACGAAGCUGCCAAUGCAGCUGCUACGAAUAAUGAAGGUUUGGACGAGAUGCCCGCAACUCCGAGCAAAACACCCGCGCGGCAAAAGAAGGCCCUUGAAAGCAAGCUUGGAGUUCAUCAAGAUUCUGUCAAACCUAUCUCGGGAAAAAGUCAGCCUGGCCGAGUGACUAUUUCCACCAUCAAGCAAGCGAUCCAGGAAGCCACAUCUACCCCCCUCCAACAGUCCUUGCGCUGUUUGCCUCUUUCUGGCAAGCUCUUCCUGGCGGCUUUGCUGGCACGCGUGCAUCGCACUGGAAUCACCGAGUCUACAUUCGGUGAUGUCCUCGAUGAAGCCCGCCGGAUUGCAGAUGCAGCUGUCGCUGUUGCCGGCGUGGCUGGGUUAGGCGUUAAGGACUAUCUGCUUGGGGGAGGUACAGCGUCCAGAGUGCGUGCCCUAGGCUUCGCGGCCAUGGAGCUCAUGAAUUCCGGUGUACUCGCUUUGGAGCAAGGCUCGAGUACCAAGAAUGUCAUUGGUGGCUCAACAAUCCCAACACGUGGUGACCGAAGCAGCAAGAUCAGGCUACGCGUGGCACCUGAAGACGUGAGAUUAGCUUUCCGUGAGGACGUGGAAGCCAAGAGCUUUGGCGUAGGGGUGGAGCAGUGA